AUGAAUAAGAUAAAGAAUUUAGCAGUAUGUGCUUGGGCAACUGUUUGCCUGGUACAAUUUUCCCAAGCUGGCAACAUAACAAACAGCGAUUUGGCAAAAAGUGCAGAAUUGCAAAAAGUUCUUUUAAAUUCAGGAUCGAGGGAGACUGUGCCAGAAAUAAUCGAAAAACACGGUUAUCCAUCAGAAAUUCAUCAUGUCCAAACAUCUGAUGGAUAUAUUUUAGAACUCCAUAGAGUUCCUCAUGCCAAAGAGAGACCUGACAGUGUAACCAAAGGAGUUGCAUUCCUUCAACCUGGACUUUUAGCCAGUUCUGCUGGUUUUGUGGUCAGUGGAGAUAAAUCUUUAGGGUUAUAUCUGUCGGAACUUGGUUACGAUGUUUGGUUGGGCAACGCCAGAGGAAAUACCUAUUCUAGAAAACAUAUCUCGUUUAGUCCUGCUCAGGCAGCUUUCUGGCAAUUCAGUUGGAACGAAAUAGGAAACUUCGAUGUACCUGCCAUGAUCGACUACGUUCUUAAUGCAACUGGAGAAGAAAAAUUACAUCUCAUAGGGCAUUCCCAAGGAUGUACAGAUUCCGUAGUAAUGGCUGCAGAUCGUCCAGAAUACAAUUCCAAAUUAAAAUCCUUCCAGGCUUUGGCACCACCAAUUUUUUUGAAACACGAACCAAAUAUCAUUUUUCAAAUUCUUGCCCGAUUUGGACACCAAAUAGAAUGGGUUACUUCAGCAAUUGGUUUGAAUGAAUUUUUGCCCUCCUUGGAAAUUAUUGAAGACGUUGGUAAAGUUUUAUGUCAAGAUGAUGACUGGACUCAAGGAAUUUUGUGCAGCAAUAUCUAUUUCUUGCUUUCUGGAUACAAUCCUGAUCAAUUAAAUGCAACUUUGAUUCCUGAAAUUUUAGAAAAUCUUCCAGCUGGUGCAUCUACAAAACAACUGCUCCAUUACGCCCAAUUAAUAAAAUCAGGAAAUUUUGAAAAAUACGACUACGGAUGGUUUAAAAAUAACCAGAUUUAUGGACAGGCUUCUCCACCAAAAUACGACUUGAAGAAACUUACUGCACCAACUUAUUUGUAUUAUUCUGACAAGGACAAAAUGGUCGCACCUCAGGAUGUUGAAUAUUCGGCAGACCAGAUGCCAAACGUAAAAGUUUUGCACAAAGUUGCAGAUAAAUUUUGGGGCCAUGGUGACUAUUUGUAUGGCAUCGAUGCAAUUGAAUUGGGUAUAUAG